GGAAAUCAACAAGGAAGUGGAUUUAAGGCGCCAAUUUUGUUUUUUUCGUCGUCUGGAUUGGAAAACAUUUUCUGUAUCUUGUACCCUAAUUUUCCAGCUUUUCCAUCGAAACUAAACGCUGCGACGAUGUCUGAAAACACGUUUCCUGUCUAUACCGCGGACGCUAUCGUGAACUUUUACCGAACAGAAGUUCUGACCGGACAAGAAGCGAAACACUUCACGAAAAACGACCUGACGCCUGCUCCCAAGCCAGAGACCGUCCAAACCUUGUACAUGAGAGUGUUGCAUCUCCUGUAUCGCUUCAGACCUGAGUGUCACUCGAUGGUUCCGAUGUUGGAGAACAUUCAGCAUCCAGCUUAUCAUGAGGGGGCGACUGCUAUCAUGAGUGUCUACAUGCGCAUGCGUCAGUUUCUGCCAAUGUGCCUGGUGUAUGAUUUUUCACUGAAUGAUCUUCUCGCUCCAAAAAAGCAGAAGACUCUGACUGUGCUUAGCGCCAUCAUGAACUUCCUUCACUUCAGACAGCAGAGAAGGGCCGUGAUCCUGGAGAAGCAGGCCAAAUUUAGGGCAGAUAUGGACAGGCUGCAGGCUUACACUAAAGGCAAUUUGGAAGCAGAGAGGAAGAUCGAGAUGCUGACGACCAUUCCUCCUGAACAGCAGGCCGAGGCCGAUGAGUUGGCAGCAGCUCUCUCUGAGCUGCAGACCAACACCAUGCAUGAAUACCAGGAAGUGAAUGCAAAAAAUGACAGCCUCGCAGAGUGGAAAACCAAAAUUGCAGAGAAGACUCAGAAACUGGCCCAGGUGAAGGUUGAUGUUAGCAACCUGAAAGAAGACAUCGGCAAGCUUAAGUCUCAGAUCGUGGAGUCUCCAGAGGAGCUGAAGAGUCAGAUGGAGAAGAUGAGGGAGAAUGUCAAGAACAUCAAGAACUCCAUUAAAGAAACAGAUGAGCGCGGGGUGGAGCUGCAGAGCAUGGUGCAGAGUGUGACCCACACGGACACUGAGAUACAACAGAUGUACAAUCUGCUGCAGGACCUGGAGAGCAGCAUGAACAAGACAAAACAGAGACAGGAGGAGCACCAGGAGCUGACAGCUCAGUAUGAGAAGAAGCAGAAGGAGCUGAAGAACCUCUGCAUAGAGGAGGGUCAGCUGAAGCGAGCUCUGGGCAUGAAGCUGGACAAAGAGUCCAAACAGAACAUCCGCAGGCAGAAGAGGAGGGAGAUAAAGGAGCAGCACGUUCAAGACGUGUUGGGGCAAUGUAACCAAAUCCAUCAGAAACGAGAAGAUAUGGUUGACAAAAUCCAGGAGAUCUCCGGAGAGUCGCAGCAGCUGAAGGCAAAGAUCCAGAGCCUGAGAGACGUCUGCAGCAAAGAGACAAAGAAAGCUCAGGCUCUGUUUGACACCCUGUCAACCUCGUUGGAGGAGCUGCACCGGAGGAUCGAGAUGCAUGUGGUCGACCUGAAGCUCGACGUCACAAAGAUGUCUGUAAACUUUUAAUAGAUCUAAACCUCGACCUCUCUCAUGAUAUUACUUUGUGGUCUUUAACUUCUUUUUAAUGUGUUUUUUUUAACGUUUUAAACUGUUGAUGUUUUUUUCUAUAUAUUUAACAAUUUAAAAUAUAGUUGUA